CCUCGCCGGGGCUUCGUUCUGACGGAUAUUGCAUUUUCUUUGUGACAGGCUAUACUCUAGUACAUUACCGAUAUGUUUGUUUUACCUCCUCCUCCGCGGUAUCCCGCUGGCGCCUAUGGCGUCGGCCUCGGGGGCGUCGUGCCCCUGAUCGAGACCAACAAUACACUGUCGAACCCGAGCGGACCCGAGUUUCGGUUCCUGGUAGGAGAGGGAACAUAUGUGCUCAAGGAAGACUUGAACCUGGCCACGCCGCCACCCCAUCCGUCCGAGGCGCCUGUCGUCAACCCGAAUCCCCUGGCUACGACCCCUCAGCCUGCGACUGCCGGAACAAAAAUGUCGAUUCUUAGUCUGGAGUCCCGGCCACCUCCCUUCUUCUACAGAGGUCCCUCUGCUACGACGCUGUCGUUGACUGGUGGGACGUUGAGUAUUCAAGAACAUCCCAGCGAAAGCCGAUACUCGACUGAAGGCGGCAUGAGUAGCGACGAUGGCCGCGCGGCGUCGAGCGAGGGCCCAGCUGCAUCUACUACAUUCGGCUCUGCUCCCGCAUUUGGCGAAGGAAACUCGCUGCUAGCACCUACGGUCUCGAAGGACGUAAACAAAAAGAAGAAGCCCAAGAAUAAUGUUACUAAGAGCAACUCUUCUUUCAUCUCGCGUGUCAUUGUUAAUGAUAGUUUGGCGCGAAAGCUGACGGAACGACCGCUUGAUGGACUAUUUGCCUUUGCCAAUAUUAACAGGGCAUUUCAGUGGCUGGACAUGUCAUCGCCGACAAAGCAAGAUUAUUUGACCAAGAUUCUGUUCACCAAGGCUCACUGCCUAUGCCACGAUGUCAACAUGGUGACAAAGAGCGUUUCUCAUAUUGACGUGAUUAUGGGAUUCUCCACUGGCGAAAUCAUCUGGUGGGAGCCCAUUUCUCAGCGAUAUACACGUCUGAACAAAAACGGGAUAAUCAACAAUACGCCCGUAGCUGAAAUACGAUGGAUUCCUGGAUCCGAAAACCUUUUCCUUGCUGCUCACAUGGAUGGCCUCCUAGUGGUAUACGAUAAAGAAAAAGAAGACGGUCAUCUCAAUCCAGAAGAAGAAGGGCUGACUGCCAGUGGCAGCGGGAGCGAGGGAGAGCUGUCCAAUGGAUCCGCUAUUAGCAAUGGCAUCAGGGGCAUCAGGAUUAACAAAUCGGUGCACUCCAAGAACCAAAAGACUAACCCAGUAGCCGCGUGGAAGCUAUCGAACCAGCGGAUAAAUGCGUUCUCGUUCUCUCCUGAUAAUCGACAUCUUGCAGUUGUGUCCGAGGACGGAACAUUGAGAGUCAUCGAUUAUCUCUCAGAAAAGCUCUUGCACCUAUAUCAUUCGUACUACGGUGGACUAUCAUGUGUUUGCUGGACACCAGAUGGCAAAUACGUUCUAACUGGCGGUCAAGAUGACUUGAUAUCUAUUUGGUCAAUCGCAGACAAAGCAUUAGUCGCCCGAUGCCAGGGCCACCGAUCUUGGGUUUCUGCGCUGGCGUUCGACUUGUGGCGAUGUGACGACCGAAACUACCGCUUUGGUAGCGUAGGAGAGGAUGGACGACUAUGUCUCUGGGAUUUUAGCGUGGGCAUGCUGCAUCGCCCCAAGACUGUUGCACCUACUCUCCACCGAGGGUCGGUAUCGUCGAAAUUCACGGCUCCGCAUAGAACAGACACCAACAUGUCCAUGAAUUCGGACGGCAAAGGCUCCAUCCCAGAGGAUGAAUGGGAAGAGAAUGUGAUUGAGCAUGCCGUUCAGCCGCGGGCGGUAAUUCCAAUGCUGCCACCUGUACUGACGCACGUGGUUGAUAGCCAUCCUGCGUGCUGGCUAGCCUUCACCGAGGAUGCCGUUAUCACAAGCUGCAAGCAAGGACACGUAAGAACCUGGAACCGACCAGGCGUCCCAACGGGCAACGAGGAAAAGGCUUGA